UGGCCUAUAUGUAUGUAUAAAAAAAUAUGUUGUCAUUGUCUUUUUCAAUAUUCAAACAUGCAUAAAGAUGUGACAAUGUUUUAUGAUUCUUAUGAUUGAAUAUGUGCCAUGUUGGUUGCAUGUUUUCUGGUUUGAUCACAACCAUGGCAUUGGUUUUUUCUACGUUGGGGAGGUGUGAGUGAGGAUUAAGGGAGGAGAAAAAUGGCAUCAAAGCAUUCAUAAGGGAAGGAGGAUUAAGGGACAAUUUGAUCAUUUUUCUUGUUGUUGGUUUGUUAUAAAUUGAUACCAGCAAUGACAAUGUCCUUCAACACCUUUUCUGAAAUGUUAGACAAGACAAUGUUUGAUUUUUUAUUUUUAUUUUUAAACAGUUGAAGAUUUGAUUCUUUGUUCUAUAUGUCAUUUUCUAGAUUCUAUAGAAACCUAUCUGAUGAAGCAACGGAUAAGUCUUUUGCGUAUCAAUUUUUAUGGAAUUAUUGGAUUUGGUUUUUGCUGGACAGGACACUGAGACAGAAAAUAUAAUUAAAGCUUAGAGGCCAGUAAUUUAAUCUGACGAUUAUUGAAAUUUAUUCACUUUUCUUUCUGCUCUGAAGAUUUCGAAAUCCGAAUAAAAAUUAUGCCCCUUCAUGCAUUUGUUUUCCUUCCUCUUUCUAUAAAGGAUCAUGAAUGCUAAGAGUCCAUGAAGCUUUUCAAAAACCUUAGUAGGCGAUGAUUUAAAGAUCUUAAUGUCUGCAACAUGUAAUAAAAUGCUAAUCAUGGCUCCAAGCUUUGUUCUGUUUUCCUAAUUCUUUUUCUAAACUUGGUUGUACCCUUAAAUUUGGUUUAUUUGAGUUAUAUUUAUAGCAAUUUAUUACAUGAGAAAAGCCUUAUCUUGCAUAUUAUUUGAUUUGGACAUUAUUGUGAAAGUUUCUCUUGAGGUGGAUCAACUUCAGAGGUGAAGAUAUAGAACAUAUUUUUCUGUAAGUUAGUCUAAUGCUUAAGACUUAAAACUUGACUCGCAGAAAUCCAAAUAUGCAGGGAAGAUGAUGGUUGGAGGUUCGGUCGAGCUAGAAAGCAUGUUUUCUUUAAGAUCUCCUAAAGCAGAUUUGGAAAAGGACUUUGGUAAACCAGAAAGCACAAAGAGUAGAGACAGUAGUGGUAAGUGGUUGGAGAAAAACACAUACACGCCUUUGCGGGGGACACAUAGUAUGUGGGAUCAAGCUGCGCUGAGGUUGCAGAAAGUUUACAAAAGUUUUAGGACAAGGAGGCAACUUGCAGAUUGUGCAGUUCUUGCAGAGCAGAGAUGGUUAGUUUCAACACAUGUACCUGGGUGGAAGGCUUUGGAUUUUGCUGAACUUAAGCGCAGUUCAAUAUCCUUUUUUGACAUUGAGAAACCGGAGACCGCCAUGUCACGGUGGUCUAGGGCGAGGAAGAGGGCUGCCAAGGUUGGAAAGGGUCUGUCUAAGGAUGUGAGGGCUCGGAAACUUGCUUUGCAGCACUGGCUAGAGGCAAUUGACCCUCGACAUCGCUAUGGUCACAAUCUUCAAUUUUAUUAUGUGAAAUGGCUUCGCUGUGAUAGCUCUGAACCUUUCUUCUAUUGGCUUGAUGUUGGGGAAGGCAAGGAAGUACUUUCUGAGAGAUGUUCCAGAUUAAAACUUCAGCAGCAGUGCAUCAAAUAUCUUGGUCCAGUGGAGAGGAUGGAUUAUGAAGUAGCUUUUGAGAAUGGAAGGCUCAUGUAUAAGAAAAGUGGGAAACCUGUUGACACAACAGGAAAAGCAAAGUGGAUUUUUGUACUUAGUACAUCCAAGACUCUUUAUGUAGGGCAGAAGACCAAGGGCACAUUUCAACAUUCAAGCUUCCUAGCAGGGGGAGCCACAUUGUCUGCUGGUAGACUAGUGGCAGAAGAUGGUGUUCUUAAGGCGGUUUGGCCUCACAGUGGGCAUUAUCUCCCAACAGAAGAAAAUUUUGAGGAACUCAUGUCAUUCCUUGUGGAGAAUAACGUGGAUCUUACAGAUGUAAAGAAAAAUCCAGAUGACGAAGAAGAAGACAUAGCUGGAAACAACCAAGAUAUGUUCCAACAAAAUCUUUUAGAGGCCUUGAAACCUCGAAACACUGAAACAGAAAGCCACAACACAUCACCUGAAAAGCUCUCUGACUUGAGAAAUGAGGAUUCUAAUGCUGAUUCAACCUCUCAACCACCCUUGUCAAAAUUGUCUCUAAGAUUGGGAUCAAAAAUAGCUAGAAUUGAGAUACCAAAAAGAGUUAUAGUACCUGAAGUUUUUGGAGAGCAAGAAAGCGGUCCUCGUACCCAAUUUUAUUCUCCGUAUGCGUCAUCAGACAGUGGUUAUGAGACAGCAGGAGAAUCAUUCAUAAAGGAGGAGGAAUUCAUGGUUUCAAAAUCAAACAUGUUUGCUGAACAUCAAAAUGAAGAUGGGAAUACUAUUCCAAAGGAGCAAAUCUUGAAGAGGAUAGAUUCACACAAGGGAAGGAAAUCAUAUCAAUUGGCUAAUCACUUGUCUACUAAAUGGACAACAGGUGCAGGCCCUCGAAUUGGUUGCAUGAGAGACUACCCAUUAGAGCUUCAGAAUUUGAUUUUGGAACAGCAAAAUUUGUCUCCAAGGAUAAGAACAACGAAUCCAUCUCCUCGGCUACCACCUUUAUCCCGUUUCAGCCCUCAUAUUGCUUUUCCACCUGCUCCAAGUGCCUUAAGCAGCUAGUGUAUCAGCUGACAAUACAUAGGAUGAAGUGGCAAUUAAGGGAUGCCACUUCUGCUGAGAAAAUGACAUAGGAGUUCUUUUUGCAAUGCUUUUAGUGCCAUUCUUUUAAGCCAUAUAGUUUUUUGUAGGUCAUGUGAUGGAUGAGGAACAAAAUAACUUUGUAUCUUCUGAUUCCCAAUGAGGAUAGAAUCUGACCGGCUUCUUUCAUCCAAUCUAGAUUGAGAUAAUAGCAACUUGCAAAUCAUUAAUAACAUGUAUAGUUACGCAGAAAAUUUCUCAAAUCCCCACCUUUGUGUUAUCCUUCAAAACAUGUACUCUGUUUAUCUUAUAUACUAUAGACAAGAUGAAAUAGGUAGUCAGAAUAUAUUAAUUGUUACCAACACCAAAAUUGUUGCGUAAUAAGAUAUAAAUAA